CCUACAUGCGUAGUUCUGUGUGCAGCUAUUGCAUAUAAAGGCCAGGUCACAGAUUCACAUGUCACUGUUAAGUUAAACCAGCAAAGUUGACGAUCUCUAUAUAACUGUCCACAAACGUACUGGAGCUUGAGAAAAGUGUUUGCAGUGGUGCAGGUGUGUCGUUAUACACGUGUAUAGGUGUGACGUAAUUAAGGUGAUACAGAUCGCACUAAUGUGAUAUUAUUCAGCUGGUACGGUGUGACAUGAUACCGAUGGUACAGCUGUGACAUGAUACAUAUGGUACAUAAAGGCGAAGACUGAACGGACCCGGCACAAUCAAGGGCGUUGAGGCUAAUAUACAGACAUCGCCGUCGGUGUUCAAACGAUGUCGCGAGAGGCAUUUGUGAUGGACGUCGAGGUGGAUGGGGGAAAGACGGGAUCAAGAUACAGUAUGUGGAAUCCGUUGAAGAACCUGGCCAACAUCAGUGACUGCACCUUCCCACAGUUUCCGAAGGCACUGCUAGCCGAGUUUCUGGGUUCCGCCAUUCUGGUCAUCUUCGGAUGCGGGUCAGCGCUAACAGUGGAGGAGAACCUUAAGCCCAACAUUGUCUCCAUCGCCAUCGCCUUCGGCCUCACCGUCGCCACCGUCAUCUGGGCGUUGGGUCACGUGAGUGGUGCCCAAAUUAACCCUUGUGUCGCCGUGGCCAUGUGCGUGACGCGAAAAAUAACCUUCGCCAAGGCGCUAGCCUACAGUGUGACGCAGUGUGGUGGUGCCAUCAUUGGGGGCUAUGUGUUGCACGCUUUAACUCCGACAGGGAGACGGGGUAAUUUAGGGGCGACCCUGGUGCACAGUGAGGUUGGUGUGUGGCAAGCCGUGGGGGUGGAGUUCCUGGCAACAUUUGUCCUUAUUCUAGGAAUCUUCGCUACAUGUGACUCCCGUAUUCGUGACCAUCCCGGCUCCAAGGCCCUCAGUAUCGGCUUUGUGGUGACCAUGGAUAUUCCCUGGGCGGCUCAGUACACCGGUGCAAGUAUGAACAGUGCAAGGAGCUUGGGUCCCGCCUUGGUGAUGGGCAUCUGGGAUCACCACUGGGUGUACUGGCUGGGGCCCAUGUUGGGUGGUGUUGUCGCGGGGUUGGUGUAUGAACAAAUCUUCGCCGUCAACGCAUCUGUUCUCAAGACGAAAGAAUGGCUGGGAUCACGUGACUAUGACGAGAACAGGAUAUACCGAUAUAUGUCGUCACGUGACCGGAAGACAAGGAAAGGGAGCAGUUUGGAGGCACGGUUGGAGGAUAACGACGCGGUUUGGCAGUCCCUAGUUUAACGUGCUGGCGCUACAUGUGGUCACACGCCGCUCAAGAAUUAUUCCCCUUCAUUAAAUGGGUACAAUGUC